AUGUCUCAGAAUAAAAAACGGCCAGUGACGUAUGGUAAAUCGUCAUUCAACAGGGCCCGAGUUGGACUAUACGUGCCGGAUUUGGACACCACCUCCAAACCACCCAGUCUUCGUACCUCUUCAAGCGAUGGACAGUCAGCGACGCCAACUAUUCAUCCGCUCUCCUCUGUUUCGUCAAUCGGACCCCCCCUGGCGAGGACCCUCUCAGGUUCUUCUCUCACCCAAGGGGAGGAUGCGCAUACAGCCAUGCAAGGAAAGCGAAGGAAGCUACUGCGCGAAGAGGCGCAUCAGCGCAAUCCAGAUGGUCAGACGAAGGCGGAUUGUGUCGGACGUGGAAAUCCUGGUAACCAUGCGACACCUGAAGAAGAGGAUAUUUCUACAACAUCCCCUGGUCGCGACGAAAACCAGAAGGCCAGUGAUGCUAUACGCUAUUCACGAUCGGAUGUGCUACCUAAACCAAAAUCGCCUAAGCGCGCGUUGCCUUCAAACUCGCGUUCUGCUCGCCCACUCAAAUCUACACCACCAAGUUCCGAUGGCAAAAGCAUGGCCAGCUUUGCGGACGCGCAACCCAAGACUGACACUUCCUCCCCACGAAAAAGAUUGAUCGACUCGCUAGGCAUGACGAAUCGACCUCCUAGCCCGCUGAUCUCAGAGCCUAAUGAUGACCCGGCGUCUCUCCUUCAUGAACGGCCUCCUCAACAGAAGUUCCCUGCUUCUGCAUGUCGGAAUGCUGCCGAGGAUGAUACCAAACGCCGACCACGAAAUGUUGAACGGUCCCAAACGACCCCGACUAGCUCCUUGUCUUCUAUGCUUCGAUCGUCUAGAGUCACCUACUCGCGACAGAGAUCUUUUCUGAAUGAUAUGAUCGGCGCGACUGAUAGUGAGCCUCCAAGUGUGGACAAUGAAGCGAAACUGAACCCCGGCCGAGAAGCCCAUGGCUCGUUUGCAUCACACAUACCCCCGGAAGACGAAGACAGCAAUAGUUACAAAGCGGUGCGAAGUAUUCACGAGCUUAGACAAGCUGGCGACAAUGCGAGAUUCCGGGAGAUUGUUGAUUCAAUCUUCGAAGACAUCGAGGAUCAAUACAAUUCGAUAUCAGGCAGAUGCUGUAGUAUUGCUGACUUGUGUCACAAGCUACUUAAUGCAGGGUUUGCUCAUCGUUUCUCCGAGCAAGGCUUUGAUGAACGCUUGAUUAACUGUAUCGCAAUCAGCUCAAACAUAGUCUGGCUUUCCCUCGCUUUUGGCGCAUUCAGACUCAUAAUCGUCGGCGGUCGAGCUUCCCGUGUCUUUGCCGAGUCGCUAUGGGCAAGCAUCCUUGAUCAUUCCCCCGUAUUACUGAAUAGCGAGGACGACAUCCUUACAUUGGCGCGCGACCCUUUGCAGGGCCUGUCAAAGACAGCACAAACUGCAGUUAGAGGUCUUCGGUCUCAGUUGUCGCCUGCAAGCACGUCGCAAUCGCUACGCAUGUCUCCCCGGUUGCUAGCACUCGAAUGCAUAAAAAGUGCGUUGAAGCUUCUCAGGGAAAAUGGCCACACUGUUCGCCAUGCUCCUACCACGUUUCUGAAUACGCUCCUGGACUUGCUGUCAGCGAAUGUCCCGGAUGACGCUGAGCGACCAGGUCGUUUUCACGUUUCAGAGUUGAUAUUCUCCGUCCUCGAGAAUUACUCGAUUGUAACAGGACCCUUCGAUGAUGCCCAUUGCCAGGGCCUCCAGCGCCUGUCUCAACUGCGUGGGCUUUUUACCUCGGAUCCUCGUGACCAAAUGCGCCCGACAUUGAUGUCGUAUGUUCGGGUAAUCUUGAACCUUACCAAUAAGGAACCUGCGGUUUGCGAAAGCUUCGCUCUUCCUGAACUGGUCUAUGGGCUCGUUGAAAUUGUUAUCAGGGAGUGCUCCGAUGUGUCUAAACAUCCUGCUCCCAAUGAGAAUGAUGCAUUGAACGCCGUGAUUUUGGCGCUCGGCACUCUUAUCAAUCUGGCAGAAACGACCGAGAAAGCCAGAGCCAUGCUCGUGCAAUCCAACAAUUUUGCAAUUUCUCCCCUCCAGCAGCUGUUGAAGCAGUUCUCUGAUAGCGCGAGAUCUCUUGAUCAUGCACAUUCCGUGUUAGAAGUGCACGAAAAUGUUGUUGCAGGAUACUUGUCUAUCCUUUUGCUUACUCUUUGCUUGAACACCGAAGCACGUCUACUUGUCAAAAAGUCUCUUGACGGGAAGGGACUAGUCUUGGCUUUUUCGACCGCUGAAAAGUUCUUGCAGUACCAUCGACAGGUUGAGAAAGAGAACGGUCUCGCUGAAACAUAUGAAGGCGAGUUUAGACUCACUAGACGACUGGAGCACAUCAUCGGUCAGGCACGUCGGUUGGAAGAAGAUUCUGAUGAGCUGCCUUGA